GCCACGGUGUCUCAGAGAAGGCUUGAGUGUUUACAGUGUAACCAGCACAGGCUAUGCUGCGGUGUGUCUUCUCGUUUGUUAUUUUAUUGUUGUAAUCUUUUUUCUUUCUUGUGGUGAGUGUUGCUGUAUGAUACCUCCAAUCUGGAUCGCGGCGGCACCAACAGGAAGAAGAUUGAGGAAUUCUCUAAAUCUUCUCGUGAGAAACUGCUGCAGUCCAAAAACAAAAUGUUUUCCAAAUUCACCUCCAUCCUCCAGCACGCAGUCGAGGCGCUCGCUCCUUCAUUUCCCUUGCAAGAGGAUUUUGUGUACCACUGGAAGGCAAUCACACAUUACUAUAUAGAAACAUCAGAUGAUAAAGCCCCAGUGACAGACACAAACAUCCCCUCCCAUCUGGAGCAGAUGCUCCACAUCCUGAUACAGGAGGAGAAUGAGCGCGAGUCUGGAGAGACGGGGCCCUGCAUGGAGUAUUUACUGCACCACAAGAUCCUGGAGACCCUCUACACGCUGGGCAAAGCUGAUUGCCCGCCUGGAAUGAAGCAGCAGGUGCUGUCAUUCUAUACAAAACUGCUAGGAAGAAUCCGUCAGCCCCUGCUUCCCCAUAUCAAUGUGCACAGGCCAGUUCAGAAACUUAUCCGUCUUUGUGGAGAGGUUCUAACAGCUCCUACGGAGAAUGAAGAAAUCCAAUUUCUCUGUAUAGUGUGUGCAAAGCUGAAGCAAGACCCUUACCUGGUCAACUUCUUCUUAGAGGUCAAGCAGGAUCCUUCUUACAGAAGGCAGGUGAGCAGCCAGGCUGCAGAAACUACAUUGAACAAGUCAAAGGCAGGUGCAAGCAGGUCCUCCAUCCCUGUUGGAGAAGGUAUAUUGGGAAAACCCAAAGAACCCAGCGCUUCCUGCACUUCAGAUACUGGGCAGACUAAGGUCACUGGAGAACCUGGAGCAGCUACCAACAAUGAAACUGAGUCAACACAAGAGGCUGCCGAGGAGUCUGUCUCAGUGAACACGUUGAAUAUACCGUCGCAGAGCGAGACCGCUGCCGAGGAGUCUGUCUCAGUGAACACGUUGAAUAUACUGCCGCAGAGCGAGACCGGUGCAAAUUAUCCCAACCAGGACUACAGUCUAGUCAAUUCUUUGCUUAAUCUAACAAGGAGCCCUGAUGGACGGAUUGUAGUGAAAGCCUGUGAAGGUCUUAUGUUGUUAGUGAGUUUGCCAGAGCCAGCAGCUGCCAAGUGCCUGACAGAGAACACUGCCCUGUGUGAGCUUCUUACAGAAAGGCUGACUGUGUUCUACAAAGCACUGCCGCAGUCAAUGGAUCCACUGGAUAUAGAGACCGUCGAGUCAGUUAACUGGGGUUUGGAUGCAUACAGCGGCAAAGAAGACACGACAGCAUUCCCAGGAAAGCGAGCCCUCAUCUCUUUCCUGUCUUGGUUGGAUUACUGUGAUCAGCUUAUCAAAGAAGCACAGAAGACUGCUGCUGUAACACUUGCAAGAUACGUGCGGGAGAGGUUCUUUGUUUCUGUCAUGGAGCCACAGUUAAUGCAGACGUCUGAAAUUGGAAUUCUGACCUCCACAGCUCUGCUAAACCGUCUCAUUCGCCAGGUCACAUCUGUAGCUUUGCUGCAGGAGACGGUUUACUUUAUUUUGGGGGAACAGAGAGAGCCUGAAACACUGGCAGGCAUUAAUAGUUAUCCUCUGAGGCACCGACUCAUAGAGCAUUGUGAUCAUCUUUCAGAUGAGAUCAGUAUAAUGACCCUAAGAAUGUUUGAGCACCUUUUACAAAAACCCAGUGAGCACAUCAUUUACAACCUGGUCCUCAGGAACUUAGAGGAGAGAAACUACACCGAAUACAAACCUCCAUGUCAAGAAGACAAAGACGUGGUGGAAAACGGACAAAUAGCUGGAGCCAUAGACCUAGAGGAAGAUCCUCUUUUUACAGACCUUUCACCUGGCAACAGAUUAUCAGCCGAUUGGCUGAGUGCAUCCCCGCCUCAAACUCCAGACCACACAACAUCUGAUGGCAAGACAGAGGUUCAUAAAAUUGUAAAUAGUUUCCUCUGUUUAGUCCCUGAUGAAGCAAAAUCUUCAUAUCAUGUAGAAGGCACAGGUUAUGAUACCUACCUCAGAGAUGCACAUAGACAGUUCCGUGAAUUCUGUGCUUUCUGUACGAGGUGGGAGUGGCCAGGAGCACCGAAGAUGUUUGAAAAGUGUCAUUUGGAAGCUGCUUUCUUUGAGGGGCAUUUCCUUAAAGUUCUUUUUGACCGGAUGGGUAGGAUCCUUGAUCAGCCUUAUGAUGUGAAUUUACAAGUGACUUCAGUGUUGUCGAAAUUGUCCAUGUUUCCCCACCCUCACGUACACGAGUACUUGUUAGACCCCUACAUCAACCUAGCUCCAGGCUGUCGGUCUCUCUUCUCUGUGAUUGUCAGGGUUGUUGGAGACCUUAUGUUAAGAAUCCAGCGCAUACCAGAUUUUACCCCUAAACUUCUGCAGGUCAGAAAGCGAUUGCUGGGACUGGACCCUGAAGAUGCAGUCAUUGACCACAGUACCUUGUUGGAGGGUGUGAUUGUCCUGGAGGAGUUUUGUAAGGAGUUGGCAGCAAUAGCAUUUGUUAAAUUCCAUGCAUCAACAACGCCAUAGUGGACAUUGUAUUGCACACUGUGAAUGUCACAUACUUAAAACAAGACAAUUUGGAAGCUCAACAGAUGUGCUACAUUGAGUUGUCGGGAGAGCAGAACUAAGAAGCCCUUCAUUCUUUAACAAAAAUCCAUCCUUUUUCAUGACUGCUAAUCAUGACAGGCCACCAAUUAACAACCUGGCUUUGAUACAGUCUGAUUCUUUAGUUGUUACAUCUUUUUGACGAAUGGUCAUGUUCUUAACCUUCUACAACUGCUAAACCAAAAGCUAAAAUAUGAACCUGUGAAUAUCUUAUAGGAUAAAGAAGGGGAACUAGUUUGAAAAGAAUUGGAAAGUCUUGGAAAGAUUUUACAACAAUACAUGUAUCGUCCUGCUUAACGUAUAUGGUGCAAAAACAUGCCAAGCUGUCUUUUUUACAUUUUUUAUUUUAUAACAUUUUUCUUAAACUGGGUGAGAAAAUGGGGUGGGGGGGGGGGAACAAAACACCCAAAAAAACAUGGGUCUGCGUGCAAAAACUGCCUCUGUUCUUAAAAAUGCUUUUUAAAUAAAGCUAGGUGAUUUCUGUUUUGUUUUUCCUUUGAGCAUUUUUAGUGCAGCUAUUUUAGCAUUAUACCCAAAAAAUGAAUCUGGACAGAAGUGUAAAUACAAGAACACAACUUAUAGACCCAAACUGACAACAGACUCUACAAACGAUGUGUGGAAUACAGAUUUUAUGUAAUUAAGGUAAUAGAAACACAAAAAGAAAAUUAAAUUCAGACAGAAUACCCAAAACAAUUGGUAGAAAAAAUUAUUUGUCAGUUGAAACAUGAACCUUUGUUGUUGCUAUUUAAUGAAUGUGCUUUACAGCCAUGUGUGUUUGUCAAUGUCAUGAGGGGGAAAAACUAGAGGAGUACUGUGGUGCAAGCUGAAAGAUUUUAACUGUGGUAGAUUUUAAUGGACCAAAUUGGAUUUUAUAUAUACAUAUAUUCAGAGAAAAAGUUUAUUACUACAUACAUUUGCACUUUUUAUGCUUUGUUAGCCCCGUUUUAUAAAAAUAAAUCAAUAAUGUGAUUGUUGAAUAUUACAUUACAUGUUCCAGGUUAUAGUUUUAGUUUGCUAAAAACUGUUUUCUGUUUAGCUUGGGCUGUUGCUUUGUUAAACCAUUGUGUUGUCAUCUGUGCCUUGGGAAUGGGCAUGAUUUUAGAUAUAUUUUAUUUCUAUAGGAGUGUUUCUUUUUAUAUAAGGGAUUCAUUGAUACAGUUUUGUGAACAACGUACAGAUAGAAUUCUACCAGGUGCAUAACAUAUUAGCAGAUUUUUUUUUUUUUUUUCCGUAAACAAUUUAAAUGAAACUCCUCAAUCAGGAAUCGCUAUGGGUCUCAUCAUGUUAAAUGAAGACUCCAGAUCCAGUAUAAUAAUGUCAAGUACGGUAUGUUUAUCGUAACACUUAGGGUUUAUGGAAUUAAGAUGCAGAUAUAAACAUGGAUUUGGCAUAAAUGGUAACCCAGUUCUAUGAAUAUAAGUAGAAAAUAAGAGGUUUAAAAAGUAGCAUUGGCCACUUACAGUAUUAACCUUUAGCAACCCAAGAGACUAACCAAAACCAAACCAGACUAAAAUCCGUCUUGAAUAUGAUUGCUGUGCAUUCCUGUUGUCCUGAACAUGAAAGUCUGUCUCUUUCUUGUAUUUGCCGUGUCUGCUAUUUGGUAGCAGUCUGUUGUUCUGGGGUUUGGUUUUUAAGAAUGCGAGAGACUGCCUUUGUAUUGCUUAGGGCUGUCUGCCCACUUUAUGCAAACUUGUUGUUUUAAAAAUUGCACAUUGAUUUAAAAAAAAAAAAAAAAAGCCUGUAAGAUUCUGAAAAUGUUUCAUACGCUGUAAGAGAGUUUUGUGUCCAUUUGCUGUAGUAAUAGUGUGUGUUCCAACAAUGCAAAUAUUUAUUAAGGAAUGGACCUUGUUCUGGAGUGACACCAUUGGUAAAGAUGGAAAAUGUUUUAAUUUCACUUGUGCACAUUUAUUUCCAACAGUGUUUAUGCUAUGCAGUCUGUUUUAAUUUGUUGUAUUGGUUUUAUGUAGAAGGGGGGUAUAUUAUAUUUAUAUUGCAAAUAGAUUCACAGAUUGCUGGAUAAACUUGCUCUUUUAAAACCAUAAGUAUAUUUAAUUAGCACAGACAUUUUAUAAUUUAAGUUCAACCAUGUUGCCUUCAGUGUUAAAAAAUGUUCUCAUAUUGUUUUGCAUGUAUUGGUUAAGGGUGUUAAAUUAUUUGCCUCUGAUGUAGAUAUUGGAGAAAUCCACAAAUCUGACUAACCAAGAGAGUGAGCAGCAGUUUGUUUGCACAAGUUUUCACUUUACAGAUAAGCCCAUUUAGACACUGUUCUGCAAAUAGAGAUUGCUUUACUGAGUGCUUUACAUGUCUCUUCAGCAAACUCCUCACAAGAGGCGUUUGAUGAAGCAUGUCUAAAAAAAUCUGUCAGACAGCAUGUUCAGUAUUGUUAUUGGUUCAGUAACUCUUGAUCGAAAACAAAAGAAUCCAAGCUAUACAGUAACUGACUUGUUUUUUUGUUUUUGUUUAAACAACUUCCAAAAAUAACUUUAUUAUAACACCCUUUUUAUUUAUUUAACACAACAACCAUCACCAAUGCAGCAUCUUUGGUUUAUUGUUAAGCUUUUAUAAAGAAAUUUCUAGGAUACUAAAUGAUGCCUUCAGUAAGGUCCCUUACCUGCAAAGCUGUUGUCUUCCUCGUUCACCAAGUAAAAGUUACAUCUGCACUUUACAUUGUACUGCCUAAGCUGGUGUAUUCCAAUUCACUGUUAAUUUGUAUUCAUUUGUAAAAAAAAAAAAAAACUGUUUGCUUUACAUUGUUGCUGUUAUAAAUAAUCACUUUAUUACCCAUCAUCAGUUACAUUAAAAAUUCAUUGAUAAUCCCAAUAUACUGUACAUAUAGUGAUAAUGUGCAGGCCACACAAGAGAAUACCUGCCUUUUCAAUCAGAGACAGCAGUGCUUUGUGACCUGCAUAAUUUCACUCCGCAUCUAAUACCAUGUUCUCUGUAGGCAAGAGUGUGAGGCUAAUUUAAAAAUGUGAUUGAUUUCCCAUUGAUGCAUUGUAUUGAUAAUUUUGAAUCUGGUUACUGUUUCAAAAGAAGUCCGUGGUUAAAUGCUAUCAAUUUAAAGAUACUGGCCCAAAUCAUUUUGUAGUAUGGCUGUAUUUGUGUAGUAAAUGUGUAUUCUGAGGUAAAAUUAAAAUAGACCAAAUUAAGUGCUGUUUGCAGAUUUCAAAUAAUUAUAAGUUAAUACUGCAACAUUUGACCAGUAGUUGGCACUGUGCACUCAUGUACAAUUAGAUGCAGUCGAACUGGUCUAGUAAGUUGGCCAGUGUAUGCAAUUUAUUGGUAUGCAACCUUAAUGUAAUAAGCACUAUAGGAUUUGAUUUUACCAGUCCUGGGUUCUGCUGCAGGGAUUCAAUAAAUUACUUAGUUAUUCUGUCUAGAGAAUGGGUUGCUUUGGAGGUAAUUGCAUUAUUUAGCAGGAACAGGUACACUCUGUAUACUUGAAUAAAUGCUGUAUGUGUCUUCUCCAGACCUGGCAGGUCAUGUUAAUUCUAAUGGCAUCUGAAUGUCUGGCAGUCUGUCCCAUAUGUUCAGCCACACAGAAGAAUUGCCCUAUCCAUACCAGAAGGAUGGAUUUUGCCUACAAAUGUGCACUGACCAGGACAUAAAAAUAAAUCACCAUCUCAUUUGAUUUAAUAAGCAUGUAAUAAA